UAUGUACUUUCUGUUGAGCAACCCUUACCCUCAUCGUUGUGGUUAAACUAUAUUUAUCCUGCUAAUAUUAAAUGGUGCUAAGGAAAUGAUCAGCUUGAAUUCAUCUUGCUACAUUUCCUUUGUGCAUUUAUAUUGCAUUUAGGCAACUUUCACAUACAUGUGCAGUCUUUAAGUCAUUCAUAUGUAGUUCUGAUUAUAGUUUUGAUCAUUGAUUGGUAGCGUCUGAGGUCUUUUGGCACAGGAAAUCUCAUUUGCAUAUCGCUUUGUUAACCACAACUCCUACUCGUGAAAACACGAGGUGCUUCACACGAGCAACAGAGCACGAAGAUCACAUCAACACUCAUCUAGAGAUGGGAUCCCGCUAGUGGAUAUUGUUUGAGAAGAUUUUGCCAGAACACAUUGUGUUUUCAGGUUGUGGGGUCUUUGAAUAAAUCCAUCAGACAUGGUGAUAAAAUAAGCAUGGGCUGUCUAAUAAGCAGAUUCUGGCCUCGAUCUGAUGUUCACAGACUGGAGGAAACUGUCUUGUUGCCUGAUGGAGCUUCAGGAAGUCACACGGCAGUGGCCUUGUGCAACUUUCCAUCCUUCAGGUCUGAUGAACAUACCAUAUGUUUAGGAGACAAGCUGAACAUUAUAUCAGAAGAUGAUGACAUGUUGAGGGUUUGCUCCACAUCAACUGGCAAUGAGUGUUUCAUUCCUCACACUUAUGUUUCCAAAGUCCAUGACCAGUGGUUUUUUGAAGGGAUCUCCAGGAGAAAUGCAGAACAACUACUAAUGCUGCCUCAAAACUACUCUGGAUGUUUUCUAAUUCGUGAAAGCCAGUCAUUCCCUGGUUUGUAUUCACUGUCAGUGCGACAACACAGUGGGCAAAUGCACACUGUACUGCACUACAAAAUCUAUCAGCUCCACAACGGCUGGUUCUACAUCCAACCAAACCACCCCUUCUCCACUCUCUCCCAGCUGGUGGACUAUUACUCACGAUCUUCUGUUGGUUCAUUUUGUCAUCUGACUGAGCCUUGCAGACUUCAUGACUCCAUCCCAACUGCAGCUCACAGCCCGUCACCAGUAGCAGCGCAGAAGUCCAAUUUUAACUGGAGAGAAUUGUCCACGUCGAUGAUUAAGAGGCAGUUAAAGGGAAUGGAUCAGGAGAGUCUGGUCAGCGAAGGACUUCGUGAGACUAUGAAUGCUUAUUUUUAUCUGGCAGAGGAGUCCAGCUUGGAGGACUAGCAUAAAACAGACCUAGGAGACACUGAUGACGUUAUGUAAGGGUCUUUUUUGUGUGUGUUUUAAACCACAGCACUUUGCUUAAUAUGUUAUUAUUGUGCGCCCGAAGUGGAAUUAAUUAUUUUGUUAAUUGUGCCAUUUUGGUUGUUUAUUGCUUUUUUGUAAAAAGUGAAUAUCGUUUUAUUGUCAUGUUUUUUGAUUGCCGUAAUUGAUGGGAUGCAUUACCUUGGAUAACUACAAAUAAACUGGUCGAUAGUGCAAAGAGAAAGCAAUCAUUAAAGAGCAUACGGAAUUUGAUAUAACGCAAAUGAAAUUGUGGAUUUCAAUGCGCAAUUGUGUGCAAAAUGGGAAUAAAUCCAAAAAAUGAAAAUUCUUUUUAAUUUUAUGUUUACUUUGUUGAAUUUCAUGUGCUUAAAAUCUUUGUUUUAAAUUUUAUUUUACGACAAAAGGUAAAAAUAAAAAAUAUAACUGAUGUGA